AUUUUGGUAAGGGUGGUCAUAAAACUGCAUGUAUAAUAGUCAUAAAAAUGGUCAAAUGUUGUUUAAAAUAGUGUGAUUCAGCUGUUACUGCUUAAAUGUCAUGUUAUCAUUUGUUAUGUUCAUCAUUAUCCUCUGAAAGUGGUUUUCUUAGGUACACAAUGAAAAGUCUAGUGGUAUAUGACUCUCUGGGCAUUUAUGGCACUGUGUAUCAAGUUUUAAUCUCCAGUGUGUUUUUAAGCAUGUUGAACUUCCUCUUGCUUUUGCUUCCUUCCCAUCAGGUAUUUUUAAAUCUCCUGGCACUGCUAGCUUUGCACGGUGUGGGUCUGAUCCACCUGAAGCCUUUUUCACUGAGGCUGGGCGAGCGUUUGUUUGUGCCGGCGGUCUGUGGGAGCGUCCAGUGUGUUCUGGCCAUAUGGGCUGAAGCCUGUUCCCACUCUGGCCUGUACCCGCUAAUCGCCCGUUUCCUCCCAAUGGUCAGUGUGAGCUUGGGUCACCUGUUUGCACUGAGUAUACCAGGCUCCAUCCAUGUCUCCUGCCUUCUGACUGUGCUCACUUUCGCCUCAGUCACCGUCACAGCAUGUAAAGGACUUCAUGCGAUGGAUCCGCUAGAGUAUGUCUUCUCUCCCCUCAGCCUUGUCCUCCACAGCCUCUCUCUUGCCUGGCUAGCCAAAGUCUCCCAAACGGAGCGAGGCCAUACCUCGACCUUUGACCUUUACUACACUCUGACAGUGACACGUACCCUCUUAUUAGGGUUCCUAUGUGUUUUGCACCCUGAUGGACCAAAGGCACUGAUUCAUGGCAACUGGCACAGUCUGCUGUUUCUGGGAUACAUGCUCGGGAUGUUACUGCUGGGUGCUGUGCAGCUUCUCUUUGUGGAUGUAACGGCGCUGUAUUUUUCUGCUCUCCCAGCGGCCGUGCUGCAUGCGACCAGAGGGCUGGUUCUACCCCUGUUCAGUCUGCUAUAGGACAUACGGACCAGUCAGAGUGUAGAUCAUUCUGUAGAGGAACAGUCUAUGUAGAGUAACCAAUCAGAUACCUGAUACCAUGAUUGAUAAUAACAGUAUUAGAACUUAAUUUAUAGGCAUGACAGCCUCAUAUAUAUAUUAUAAUUAUAUAUAAUUAUAAUUAAUAUGGUAAUACUACCAGCAAGCACUGAUGUGCGACUCCUUUCUUCACUUGCACUGAAACUACGACAUAACUAAGACAUCCUACAAAUGGGGUGUUUUCAUGAAGGAGCAGCUACUUAAGUUCUGGAAUUAAAUUAUAAAGGUAAAAUACAGGUUUCUCUGACCAGCUUUUUUUGUACAGACUAAAUUAUUAUUUCUAUGUGUCAGCUAUAAAAAAUUAUAUAUUUUGCAUAAAGAAGUGUAAGCCUUUUUAAGGACCUUUAGGGUAUAUCCUACACCACAAUUCUUAAUUCUCAUUACGGCAAUGCAAAAAUGAUGUUAUGGUUGUCUAUUAAAACGUCAGACAGUAAAAUAUGAAUUACUGUAUCUGUACGGACGCAUUACAGUAAUGAGAAUGUAGAAUGCGCUUAAUUGUCAUGAAAAUAAUUCCAAAAUGCAAAAAUAAUAAACCUUAAAGGCCCUAAAAAUAGCGUAAUUUUUCAUGCAAAAUAUGUUUUUUGAGGGUGAAAUAUGAUAUAAGCAUGUUCUUGACAAGCUUUGUGAGAUUCACCCAAGUAUGCCAUUCACCUUACAAACUUAGACCAGAGGAGCCCUUCACUGUUAAAAUGCAUGGUUUGUAGAAAUCACAGCUAUAAACUGCAAUACAACAACUUAAGAUUAUUAAAGUAGUGAUAUAUUUUGUUCAAAUAGAAAACCUGUGACUCAUGUAUUUAUUUAGCUCCUAAUAUACAGUACAAACUACAGUAUUAUUGUUAAUGUUUGGCGCAAAUAAAACACAUUGA